AUGGCGAACAAUGGAAUGGAAACCCCGGAAUUCCUUCUCGCGAAUGGAAUCAAGAGCAUGUAUCAAGAACAUGAAGAUGCCAAACCACCUCUAGAUUUAAGCCAUCAUUUUUCCCGCGUAACGGCGGCUCGUCAAGAGAGCGCCGUAAAAAGUUUCUACAAGUUCUUCCAGAUUCCCGGAAUAGGAAAUUUGGCUGGAGGUCUUCCCAACGCGGCAUUUUUUCCCUACGAUACGCUAGAAGCCCAGAUUGCACAGCCGGAAAGAUUCACACCCAGUCCGAACGGCCCCAAUGGAGCGGGCGAGCUUUCGCAAAAGCUCGCCGCGACGACGAUUAAAAAGUCGGCGACGGAUGCUUCGAGACAUUUGUUAAUUCCCCAUUUAUCAACGACGCCGAAUCCGCUGCAGAAAAUUGAUUUAACGACGGCGUUGCAGUAUGGACAGGCGCAGGGGUAUCCGCCGUUGUAUUCUUUUGUGCGACAGUUUGCGCGCGAGAAUUUGCAUCCGAAUAUUCCGUAUAAGGGCGGUGCGGAGAUUUUGUUGACGUGUGGAUCGACGGAUGGGUUUUCGAAGGCGAUUGAGGCGUUGAGUAAUGUUUGGAGUGAGGAGAGAGAUUGGGUGAGAGAGAGGCCGGGGAUACUUUGUGAAGAGUUCGCUUAUAUGACGGCUGUUCAGGCUUGUAGACCAAGAGGUAUACAGGUUGUUCCGGUCAAGAUUGAUCUUGAGGGAAUGAUCCCAACGGGCCCUGGUAGUCUCGAAGAUGUACUCGAGAAUUGGGAUGAUUCGAAGGGUAGAAGACCUCAUAUGAUGUAUACCAUCACCAUUGGUCAGAACCCCACUAGUGGUACUCUGUCUAUCCCAAGACGCAAAGAACUUUACGCCAUCUGCAGUAAAUACGAUGUAAUGAUUAUUGAAGAUGAUCCAUAUUGGUACCUCCAAUUUCCGUCCGCGGCGGGACUGCAAGCAGAAGCUCGCAGUGAGACUUUACCCGAGCCAGAACCAGUGCACACGUUCAAGAAUUCCACCGGGUACGCAUAUCUUGAUAGUCUCGUCCCAUCAUAUCUAAAUUUCGAUUACGAUGGACGAGUAAUCCGUCUCGAUACGUUCUCGAAAACGGUAGCGCCGGGAUGUCGUCUAGGUUGGAUAACGGCACAGCCAGCUGUCGUAGAGCGUCUUUUGCGAAUCACGGAAUGCACCACUUCACCCCCAUCUGGGUUCGUUCAGGCAAUGAUUGCGGAAUUGGUUAUGGGUCCUCAAGCUGCUUCUGCUGAGUUUAGCAAGAAAUCCAGAAAUGAACAGCUCACAUUCACAGGGUGGAAGACUGACGGUUGGGUACGUUGGCUAGAGGGCUUGAGAGGCACAUACGAAAGACGUAUGAAUAGAAUGUGUGCAGCCCUCGAAGAUGGUCGCUACCACGUCAAACAAGGCACUUCCAAAGCCAUCUCCGAUUCCGAAUGGGCAGUCAUUACCAAGACGAAGAUGUAUUCUUUUGACUGGCCGCGCGGUGGAAUGUUCGUAUGGAUUCAUAUGCAUUUCGAUACUCAUCCAUUGGCCAAACAAGUCCCCGGGUCCAAAUUGGCGAGAGUGCUGUGGAUUUUCCUAACUAUGAAGCCCCAUCUCGUCCUCGCAGCUCCUGGUGCGAUUUUUAGUCCCACGCCGGAAAUUGCGGAGGAGAGGGGUUGGCAAUAUUUCAGAUUGUGUUUUGCGGCUGUGGAGGAAGAGGAGGUGCAGAAGAGUAGUUUGAGAUUUGCGGAGGGAGUCAAGGCUUUCUGGAUGAUUAAGGAUAAGGAGGAUUUGGAUGACAUUGAUGUUGAAGCAAAUAAUGCGGGGGCUAUGGAGGGCGAAGUGAGGAACUUGGGUAUGAAUAUGGCUUGUUAG